AUGAAAAUUUACGAUAAUGAACUAAAAGCAGAUAUCAAACAAUUAGUAUUUAUAUUAACCUGGAUAGCAUCACAUGUUGUAGGAAUGUUCGGUGUACAUUAUGUUUGCACCCAAUAUUCAAAUUGUAUCCAUUCGAAUGGUAUUAAACGAUUGAUUCAUUUCAAUACUGUCAAAUCAUCUGUAAAAACAAAAUCAAUAAAUUUACAUUGGAAACUAUCAUUUGAAAUUGAAAAAUUUCAUACAAAAAAUCAUUAUGGCUUUUCAUAUGGAAAAUUCGGUAUGAUUAGUAUGGCAGGUUUUGUUCGGUUUUCACUCAUUUAUUGCAAAUUACUUAUGAUGGUUUAUAAACAAAAAAAUAAACACUAA